GCCACCUUAAUGUAGCCUCCGUAUUAUAUUUAUCAGCCGUAUUUAUUAUCUGACGCUCCCGCGCGAGAGACUAGUCGAAAAUGUCUGCGUUGCUAGUAGCAACCGUAGUGCUAAGCGGCGUAUAUUUGCUGUUUAAAUUAUGCUCCGAUUAUUUACACGGCUAUUGGGAAAGGCGCGGAGUGCCCCAGCUCGAUCCUGAACCCGUAUACGGAGACUUGAAGGGACUCCUAAAAAAUUACGAGACCAGACAAGACGUGUUCCUCGACAUCUACACCAAAUUCAAGCGAAAGAACGCCAAGUACGGAGGAGUGUAUCUCAUGUACAAGCCGGUCUUCGUACCAAUCGAUCCUUCGAUAGUCAAGCUCAUACUGACAUCAGACUUUGAGCAUUUCACAGCGCAUUCCAAGGAGUUGCAACACGAGAACAUCCUGAGCGCUAACCUGUUCAACCUGCAAGGCGAACCUUGGCGUCAGUUGCGAAGGAAGUUGACGCCCGUGUUCACUUCCGGCAAGAUGAAGAUGAUGUUUCAGGUAGUGGUGGAAAAAGCCGACGGCCUAGAGGCUGCAGUGGACCGAGAAGUGGGCAAAGAUGGCGUCGACAUCAAAGACAUAUUGGCCAGGUUCACCACCGACAUUAUCGGAAGCUGCGCCUUCGGCAUCGAAUGUAACACUUUGAUCGAUCCUAACGCGGAAAUUAGAAAGUACGGGGAAGUCCUUUUCACUCCCAUUACCGACACCAAAAGCUUGUUUCGAGUGGUGGCGGAAGCUCUAGCGGACGAAAGCUCCAGUGUUCCGCCGGGCGCCAAAAUAGUGGAGGAUUUCUUCACUAAAAUGGUAAAAGACACCAUCGAAUACCGGGAGAAGAACAACGUCUUCAAGAAGGACUUCAUGCACCUCAUGAUCCAGCUGAAGAACCGGGGAUAUUUGAGCGACGACGGGAAACUCCUCAAAACGGAGGAGGGUAUGGGUGCGGAUAGCCUCACGGAGUUUGAGGUGAUCGCUCAAUGUCUGUUCUUCUUCCUGGCGGGAUUCGAAACAGCCGCUACCACCACGGCGUACGCUCUGUACGAGCUCACUCAAAGACCCGAAACCCAAUUGAAAAUAAGGGAGGAGGUGGACCGCGUUUUGAGGAACCACGGAGGGAAGUUGACCUACGACGCCGUUGCGGAUAUGAAAUACACCGAAAAAGUAAUUCGAGAAGCGCUGAGGCUUCAUCCACCAGUAGCAGUUCUGCCGAGGAUGUGCACCAAGAACUACACAAUACCCGGUACCCACGUGGAAAUAGAAAAAGGAACGAUGAUAGAAAUUUCUGUACUGGGACUGCAGACGGAUCCCGAUUUUUUCCCCGAUCCGGACAAAUUCAUCCCGGAAAGGUUUGACGACCAGAACAAAUCCAACAUAGUAGAUUACACCUAUCUACCUUUUGGCGAAGGACCCAGGAUAUGCUUGGGUAUGAGAUUUGGAAUGCUACAAAGCAAAGUCGGCAUCGCGACCCUACUCCGGAGAUACAAUUUUAGUUUGAACCCGAAAACGCGGACACCAUUGGCGUAUCCAAGGGGAACGUUCAUCAGUGCGGUGGAAGGUGGACUAUGGGUAGAUAUCGCCAAUGCUUCACGGGGCCUUCAUAUUAAUUUUAUCAGGCCGAUUGCCGUAUUUAUCAUCUCUCGCUUCCGCGCGACAGAUCAGUCAAAAAUGUCUGCGUUACUAGUAGCAACCGUAGUGCUAAGCGGCGUAUAUUUGCUGUUUAAAUUAUACUCCGAUUAUUUACACGGCUACUGGGAAAGGCGCGGAGUGCCCCAGCUCCAUCCUGAAUCCGUAUACGGAGACUUGAAAGCAAUCCUAAAAAAUUACGAGUCCAGACAAGACGUGUUCCUCGACAUCUACACCAAAUUCAAGCGAAAGAACGCCAAGUACGGAGGAGUGUAUCUCAUGUACAAGCCGGUCUUCGUACCCAUUGAUCCUUCGAUAGUCAAGCUCAUACUGACAUCAGACUUCGAGCAUUUCACAGCACAUUCCGAGGAGUUACAACACCUGGACAUCCUGAACGCUAACCUGUUCAACAUGCAAGGCGAACAUUGGCGUCAGUUGCGAAAGAAGUUGACGCCCGUGUUCACUUCCGGCAAGAUGAAGAUGAUGUUCGAGGUGAUCGCGGAAAAAGCAGAGGGAAUGGAGGCCGUAGUGGACCGAGAAGUGGGCAAAGAUGGCGUCGACAUCAAAGACGUAUUGGCCAGGUUCACCACCGACAUUAUCGGAUGCUGUGCGUUCGGCAUCGAAUAUAACACUUUGAACGAUCCUAGCGCGGAAAUUCGAAAGCACGGGGAAGUCCCUUUCACUCCCAUUACAGACACCAAAAGCUUGCUUCGAGUGGUGUGGGAAGCUCUAGCGGGCGGAAGCUCCAAUGUGCCACCGAGCUCCAAAACAGUUGAGGAUUUCUUCCGUAAAAUGGUAAAAGACACCAUCGAAUACCGGGAGAAGCACGACGUCUUCAAGAAAGACUUUAUGCACCUCAUGAUUCAGCUGAAGAACCGGGGAUGUUUGAGCGACGACAAGAAACUCCUCAAAACGGAGGAGGGAAUGGGUGCGGAUAGCCUCACGGAGUUGGAGGUGAUCGGCCAUUGUCUGUUCUUGUUCCUAGCAGGAUUCGAGACAGCCGCUACCACCAUGACAUACGUUCUGUACGAGCUCACUCAUAGUCCCGAAACGCAAUUGAAAAUAAGGGAGGACGUGGACCGCGUUUUGAGGAACCACGGAGGGAAGUUGACCUACGAAGCCGUUACUGAUAUGAAAUACACCGAAAGCGUAAUUCGAGAAGCGCUGAGGCUUCAUCCACCAGUAGCAGUUCUGCCGAGGAUGUGCACCAAGAACUACACAAUACCCGGUACCCACGUGGAAAUAGAAAAAGGAACGAUAAUAGAAAUUUCUGUACUGGGACUGCAGACGGAUCCGGAUUUUUUCCCCGAUCCGGACAAAUUCAUCCCGGAAAGGUUUGACGACCAGAACAAAUCCAACAUAGUAGAUUACACCUAUCUACCUUUUGGCGAAGGACCCAGGAUAUGCUUGGGUAUGAGAUUUGGAAUGCUACAAAGCAAAGUAGGCAUCGCGACCCUACUCCGGAGAUACAAUUUUAGUUUGAACCCGAAAACGCGGACACCAUUGGCGUAUCCAAGGGGAACGUUCAUCAGUGCGGUGGAAGGUGGACUAUGGGUAGAUAUCGCCAAUGCUUCGUGACGAAUUUGGAUACCGCAAUUGGCAACAUCGACUUCGUAGACGUUGUUACGUCUCGCUUAGUUUAAAUGGAAAUAAAGUGGCCUUUGUUUGGUUUUCCCUAUGUCUUACCGUUAUAAAAAUAAAAAAAUCGUAGAGUUUGAAGCCAUUUUCAAAUUAAUUUAAUUUAAUUAAACAAAAUAAGUUGAACUUUAAAUGAUAAUAAUCUUAGAUGGAACAUACGGGUUACUUUUUAUAAAAUAUCUGGAUUUCUCCUGCGUUGGUUUUUGUUGAUUCUAACUAGUUAGGGUUUCGCCUGUUGGCUUCUUCAGAGCUUGAUUGAAACUGGCUCGCAUUUUACUCUGUACCUGCUUAUAUAUUGUUUGAAGGGGACGGAGCUAAAUGAGGCGCAUAAACACCGCCUCGGAUGACUGAUUCCCAUAUUGCUGAUAGGUAGAAUCCUGAGUCGCAAUUAAGAUUGUUAGGUUGCUUAUAGAUUUCUAUAGACUCUCGGAUUUUUCGUUAGUAGAAGAAUUGAUUACAUGCAAGAAUUUGACGGAUCGAAGAUGUUGAGAGGUUUUUAGACAAGUGAUGUUUUGAAUACAAGGAAGGACAACGGUGGCAAUUAUGGGAUCGCUUUCGGUUUCAUUGCUCUUGGAAGGUUGUGGUGAAGUGUAUUUUGUGACGGAACGCUUAAUAUCUUUAAUGUGGAAAUUACUAGAUAGAAGAGAAGAGGUCCAUUAAAUUCAAAAUAAUUUUGGUCUAAAGAUACUAUUAAGCAAUGUAAUAAAUCUUGUUUCAUCAAUGGGUUAACCUGUUUCCGAGUGAGGGUGAAAUCUACUAAAUCUAUCACAUCCAUAGGUGUAAUACUGGGAAAUAAGUUUGUACAUCAAAAGAUAAUAGUGUUGCGUUAAAAGGGAUUUUAAUAUUUUUAAUUUUGUUGAUUAAUUGAAAAGAAUUUGUUAUUGCAAAUUUUGGUUUAAAAUCUGUGAGGAAAAUCUAAGAAAUCGGAUAGAAGACUCUUGUACAGUUAUUAGGAACAUCCUUGGUAUUUUAGAAAGGGUUCGCCAGUUCCUAACAAGGCGUGCAAAUGCAUGUAACGAAGUCGGGGGGUUGGGGGAGGGGGUUAUUUCCCGCAGUUGCUCUAAUUUAUUUUUUUCUAGGAGAGUAUUGUAUUAAGGAUUCUUUAGUUUACAGUUACUGUUAGUAGUUAAUUUUUUUUAUUCAUUUAUUUUUUUAAGCGAAAGCUAGUCCGUGCACCAAAUUUGCUUCCAACUGAAUGAAGAUUUUAAAAAUAUUUUUUGUUCUCAAAAAAAGCAGUGGCGCGCUAUUUUUUUCUUUAAAAAUUUUCAGUCCACACCACGUACAAACGCCACUGGUAAAAAUAAAAAUAAUGCUUUCGUGUCAAAAAUCGCCUCUCAAAAAUUAAAAGACGUACACCAAAUUUCAUAAAAAUGCCGAAAAUUAUAUAAAAGUUAUAAAUGGAAAAACGAGGAAAUACAUCUACCUGUGACAAAAAAAUCGCAGUACAAACAUGGAUCGUCACAAAGAAGAACAUGAUGAUUCUAAAAGUCACGCAACAUGCAAUGGGACCAAUACAUGGAUAAGACAAAGAACAAGGGUAACCGACGUGGUGCGCAAAGUAUUAAGGCUGAAAUGGAAAUGCAGAGGACAUGUAGCCAGGGGAGAAACUAACAAAUGGCAAACAUCAGCCGGAGGCCAUAUGCAGUUCGAAGACCCAGGGGAAGAACGCCAAUGAGAUGGACGGAUGAUUUAAAAUUGGAUACAAACAGCCUACAACGGAAGAAAAUGCUAGAAGGAACUUGAAGAUUCGUAUGUCCCAAAGUGAAUUUGGUACAGGCUAAAAAAGAAGAAGAUGUUCGAGAAUGGCAAAGCACUUUCUUAUGUUCAUAUAAUCGUAUAAUCGUUUCAAGAACUUUGCUUGCAGGCCUUUAGCGGACCAGUAUGCACCUUACAUUGCUGUUGAAUUCACAUAGCUAUUCUACUACAUUGAGCUCGAAUGCGAACGAUCCUUAACGGGGGCCUCCGUAUUAUUUUUAUCAGGCGGAGUGCGGUAUUUAUCGCGCGAGAGACCAGUCAAAAAUGUCUACGUUACUAGUAGCAACCGUAGUGCUAAGCGGCGUAUAUUUGCUGUUUAAAUUAUACUCCGAUUAUUUACACGGCUACUGGGAAAGGCGCGGAGUGCCCCAGCUCGAUCCUGAACCCGUAUACGGAGACUUGAAAGCAAUCCUAAAAAAUUACGAGUCCAGACAAGACGUGUUCCUCGACAUCUACACCAAAUUGAAGAGGAAGAACGCCAAGUAU